AUUUUUUCUCCCUCCCAAAAAAGUAAACAAUAAAACAACAUUAUAACACUGGUCCAUACACAUAUAUCUGCAUAAACACAAAAGCUCCAAAACAAAUGAACUCUCACUCUCCCUCUCUCUCUCUCUUUCAUAAAAACAGCCAGCCAGCCUAUACAGUUCUUCUAUGGAGUUAUCCUCAACAAUGAAGAGAGCUAAAUCUCUCCACUGACUCUGCUUCACCACCAAGCUUCUUUUUUUUUUCUUUCUUCUUCUCUGUUUCGGUCUCUUAAGCUCCAAUUCUCUAAUUACGCAUUUCCAAUUUCUCACCGCACUAACGGAAUUAGGUCUAAAUAAUCCCCCAUUUCCGGCGUAAUGCGGAGUUAGAAAAAGUACUAGUAGAUAUGUUCAAGCCGGUGCGAUGGUGGAGCGACAAGAACAGAAUCAAAGCUGUUUUCAAGCUGCACUUUCAUGCAUCUCAGGUGACACAGGUUGGAGGGGAUGGAUUGAUGGUCUCUGUUGUUCCCGGUGACACCGGAAAGCCCUCUUCGAAAUCGGACAAGGCAGCAGUUCGAGAUGGGGGCUGUGUGUGGGAGAAUCCAGUCUAUGAAACUGUCAAGUUCAAUCGGGAUCCGAAAUCAGGCAGGAUUCAGCAAAAGACAUAUUACUUCAUCUUAGGCACGGGUUCAUCGAGGGCAGGAGCUGUGGGAGAGGCUUCCAUUGAUCUUUCGAGUUAUGCUGAGGCAAGCAAGCCCUCCUUAGCGUCUAUCCCACUCAAGAACUCAAAUUGUGAAGCCGUGCUUCAUGUAUCUAUCCAGAGGGUUCAUGAUCAAAGGGAGAUUGAAGAGAAUGAGAUUGCAAGUUUGCAUUCUCAGGAUCAUGAUGUUGAUGGAACAGUCAGAAGCGAUUUUGUUGAAGAUGCACCAUCUAGUAAGGCUGAAUUUGAGACAACACUCCGGGCUUCUAGUGGAUCGGACAUCACCCUGUCGAGCUCUGGGAGCAGCUCUGGGCUAGAAGCACCUUGGGAGAUGCAGAUGAAGACCGAGCCUGUUGUGUACUUGUCGCCUUCGACAAAUUUGGGGCCAAAAUCUGACACGCCCUCCCCAGUGCACAAAGAGCACCAGAGGUCGUGGGAGUGGGUGAGGGACUCUGCCCCCAAUGACUCUCAAACCACCAUAAAGGAAACUUUUCUAGAUGAGGAGGCUCCGGAUGUUCUGAUCGAGAAGCUGAAAGCUGAAGUUGCUGUCCUGUCGAGACAGGCUGACAUGUCCGAGUUAGAGCUGCAGGCGCUACGGAAGCAGAUUGGGAAAGAGAGCAAAAGAGGGCAGGAUCACUGGAGAGAAGUUGUUUGCUUGAAACAAGAAAGAGAUGCUUUCAAGGAAGAAUGUGAGCGGCUCCGAGGCAAAACCAAGGCUAAUUUCCUCUUUGAUGGAGUGGAUUCACAGACGGUUGUUGAUGAACUCAGGCAAGAACUGAGUUACGCAAAAGAGUUGAACACAAACCUUCGUGUUCAGCUCCAGAAGACUCAAGAGUCGAACUCUGAACUGAUUCUUGCAGUGAGAGACCUUGAGGAAAUGCUGGAGGAGAAAAAUAAGGAGAUGGAUGGAGGAUCGAGACAAUUGGCAGUCGUUUGUCAGCUCAACAACACCGAUGAUGAUGAGGAUGAUGAGGAUCAGAAGGCGCUGGAGGAUAUUGUGAAACAGCAUGGUGAAGUUGAGGGAACGUCUCUUCUAGAACAAGAAAUUACCGAGCUCCGAAAUGAAAUAGAGUUCUACAAGAGGGAUAAAGACGAGCUGGAAAUGCAGAUGGAGCAGCUAGCCCUUGAUUAUGAGGUCAUGAAGCAGGCUAAUCACGACAUGACAUGUAGGCUCGAGCAGAGCCAGAUCCACGAGCAGCUAAAGAUGCAGUACGAAUGCUCGUCUCCCGACACCAAUGCUGAUGAACUCGGUGCCUGCAUUGAGAAGCUGGAGCACGAAUUGCAGAGUCGUACAGAGGAGUAUGAAUCCUCACUUGUCAGAAUAAGUGAACUUCAAGGCCAUGUUUCAAGCCUAGAGAAGGAAGUUGAGAAGAGAGCACGUGGUUUUGAAGCUGAUGUGGAAACCCUCACACGCUCCAAAGUCGAGCAGGAGAAGAGAGCGAUAAGGGCUGAGGAAACACUGAAGCAGAUGAGGUGGAAAAAUGCCAAUGCAGCGGAGCGGCUGCAGGAUGAGUUCAGGAAGCUUUCUGUGCAGAUGGCAUCGACAUUUGAGGCCAAUGAGAAGUUGGCCACCAAGGCUCUGGCGGAGGCAAAUGAGCUCCGUGUGGACAAGGCUCGCCUUGAGGAAACGCUCCGUAGGAUUUCUGAAGAGCACCAGUCAGUUGAAGGAAAUUAUGAGGCUCGAUUGCGAGAAGUUACAGUCCAAGUUACCACGAUGAGCAACCAAAUAGAGAAGUUGCAAUCAGAUAUACAUGACCGAGGCAUUCAGCUGGAACGCCACAGAGAGAUUGCUGGAAAAACGGAGAGACUCCUCUCGAAUGAAAUCUCAAUGCUCAAAGAGGAGAUUGAAGAACAGAUUGCCAAGAACAAGAUUCUAUUAGAGGAGAAGGGGAGUAUGAAAGAUGUGGUGCACGAGCUUGAGAGAAUGAAAAAGUCGAUUAAGGAAAUGGAGUUGCUUGUGGAGCAAGGGAACGAUGAAAAGGUUGAACUCGAGGGCAAAGUCAUGGUUAUGAAGAUGGAGGCUGAAGAGUUGGAUAAAGAAUUGAACAGACUAAGAUCUCUAGUGAAAGAAAAAGAACAGACAACAGGGAAUCUGCAGUCGGAGCUGGAUUCUCUCCGAGCUCAGUGUGUUGAAUUGAAAGAUUCUCUAUCAGUUAACGAGGCAGAGAAAGAGGGUUUGAGGAAGCAAGUUUUGCAGUUGAGAAGUGAGCUCAAGAAGAAGGAAGAUGCAUACAAAAUCAUGGAGAGGAAAACUAGGGAUGGCAGUGGUAGAGCAACAGCUGCUGAUGCAAUAAAAACUGGUCCAAAGACAAGCAAGCCCGCUCCUCGUGGAUCCAAGGAGGCUUCAAAUCUCAAGGAGAAAAUAAAGUUGCUUGAGUGUGAAAUCAAUUUGAAGGAGACUUCUCUUGAAAAAUCAGCUCAUGCAUUUUCGGAGAAAGAAAAGAUUCUUCACAAGAAAAUUGAAGAGUUGGAGGAAAGACUGAAUGUAAAAGAAGUUGAAAAGCCACUUUUGGAGGAUCAAGCUUCCAAGGGUAGAUUGAGCGAAGAAGAAGCAAGCAACGGCUUAUCAGACAUUGAAGAACUGAAAAACGAAAUGGGAUUAGUAAUGGAAAGAAACAAAUCAAUGGAAAAGGAAUUGAAGGAGAUGCACGAGAGGUAUUCAGACAUGAGCCUCAAGUUUGCAGAAGUUGAGGGCGAAAGACAACAGCUUGUAAUGAAACUUCGCAAUCUAAAGAACAUGUCUCCUUCGAAAAAUAUGUUUGCUCCGGUUAACUGGUAAGGAUGUUUAGUGUGACUGUUUCAUACUCAAAAACUUGUAAAUUGUGAAAAUUUGUUGUUGGUUCAUUAGAAAUAAGAUGUAACAUACAUUUCAAGAUUGAUCUAUACCGUGUAGAGGAUGCGUUCAGACACAAUUUUUUCAUUCUA